UCCCUUAGCUCACGCUUUUACUACCUGUUUUACAGCCCGUUUACUAUGCUCUACGCUGGCAUGGUAGGCCUGUGUGUAGUUCACCACAGAUUACUCGCCAGAUUCAAACCCUCACUCUUUAAGCAGCUCCGCAGCAUGUCUCUCUCCAAACGUCCCGUGACUUUGCUGGGCUCCAUGGCGUUCGGCGGGCGCGCGGACGCUCAGCUGAGCGCGCAGAUGGUGCAGAAGUUUUUGGAAAGUGGUCACAAUGAGCUGGACACCGCAUACAUGUACACUGAUGGACAGGCAGAGAGCAUCAUAGGAGGCAUGCAGCUGCCUGCGACAGUGAGAAUUGCCACAAAAGCAAACCCCUGGGACGGUAAAACGCUGAAACCAGACAGUGUUCGUAACCAGCUGGAAACGUCCCUAAAGAGACUACGAACACAGUGUGUGGACAUCUUUUACCUGCACGCACCAGACCACCAGAACCCAGUUUAUGAUACACUACAGGCCUGCAAUGAACUCCAUAAAGAGGGCAAAUUCAAGGAGUUGGGUUUAUCAAAUUAUGCUUCAUGGGAAGUGGCAGAAAUCUACUGCAUCUGCAAACACAAUAACUGGGUUCUUCCUACAGUCUAUCAAGGCAUGUAUAAUGCAACAACACGUCAGGUGGAGACUGAACUAUUGCCGUGUUUAAAAAACUUUGGCAUUCGCUUCUUUGCAUACAACCCACUGGCAGGUGGACUCCUUACGGGGAAAUACCACUAUGAAGAUAAAGACGGUGCUCAGCCCGCGGGUCGAUUUUUCGGCAAUAGUUGGGCCGGUGCUUACAGAGACAGAUACUGGAACGAGAGUCAUUUCCAGGCCAUAGAUGUUGUUCAUAAGUCUUUGGAAACGGCGUACGGAUCGGAGAAACCGUCUUUAACGUCAGCUGCUAUCCGCUGGAUGUAUCAUCACUCUCAGCUGAAGGGAGAUCUAGGUGAUGGUGUCAUUAUCGGGAUGUCCACUAUGGAGCAGUUAUGUGAAAAUCUAACAGCGGCAGCAGAAGGGCCACUGAAACCGCAAGUUGUGGACGCUUUUAAACAAGCCUGGGAUUUAGUGGCUCACGAGUGUCCAAAUUACUUCCGCUAGACGUCACUGUGACAGUCGGAGAAAAAAUGAUGAAUCAUGAAACCUGAUUUAUUAAAACAAAGACAGAGAUCAUUUAUUUUUAUGGCAACAUUUUGCAAUUCUAAUAACUUUGUAUCAAUAAACAGUAAUAAAUCUGAUCA